UUGUAGCAAUCGCCGAUGGCUCUGUCCAUUGUUGGGGGGAGUUGGAUUGAUAACACGGGGCGAGUUGGCGGAUUCGGUGCAUAUCGUCAGUGGAAGAGCUAAGCAGGACACAAGCCCUCGCGUCCUCAACGCAUCCUGGCAGACAUGGGUUGCUAUGAGUGCUGUAUGGGUUGCCUGGGUGGGAUACCAUACUGCUCUCUGGUCGCCACACUGCUGUGCUUCUCUGGCAUCGCCCUCUUCUGUGGAUGUGGACACCAAGCACUCACAGAGACCGAAAGGCUCAUCGAGACUUACUUUGCCCGUAACCUGCAGGAUUACAUCACCCUUGCUUACAUCAUUCAGUAUUUCCAGUACGUCAUCUACGGCUUGGCCUCUUUUUUCUUCCUCUACUGCAUCAUGCUGCUGGCAGAAGGCUUUUACACCACCAGCGUUGCCAAGCAAACCUUUGGGGAGUUCCGGAGCACCAUGUGUGGCCGCUGCCUCAGCUCCACGUUUAUAGUGAUGACAUACGUGCUGUCUCUGCUGUGGCUGUUGGUGUUCGCCUUGUCGACUCUGCCCGUCUACUUCUUCUACAACAUGGGUGCCACCUGCCACACCAUCGACGUCUUGACCGAGACCCCGGCGAGCAUCAACCAGCUGUGUGUGGAUGCACGGCAAUAUGGGCUCCUGCCGUGGAACGCAGUGCCAGGAAAAGCUUGUGGAAUAACUCUGUCUACAGUUUGCAAGACCAGGGAGUACCGAAUGACCUACGACCUCUACAUCGCUGCCUUCGUCGGCGCGGGCAUCACGCUCAUGGCUCUGGUGCACUCCUCCAUGCAGCUGGCGAUGAACCAGGAGAACCUGAGGAGGCUGAGGUGCAGGGCCAAGAAGGGAGGCUAUGACCUGCAUGGCCAACUUCUGCAGGAUCGAGGAGGGAUGCUGUGCUCCCCCUACCCUGCAAAUUUAUCUGACAGUUCCUGACAAAUGUCAUUGUAAUUAAUUACUGUUGCAACCUAUGAUUCCCUUCAUUAUUUUCUGUUUUCAUGGGAAAUUGGCUUUUUUGUGUUUGCGUACUGAGCCAUUUUACCCUGAUUGCUUGCUAGUUUUUUUUGAACUGAGCCAUUAUAGGUCAGUAUCGAGUGCCAGUUUUCUGUUCUGAUCUUCCCUGACUGUGCCUAUACUCUUUUCGUUCACAAUAUAAUCUGUGGGGAAUUUCAGUGUGUGCGGUGAAUCCGUGCUAUGCUUUUUUUUUUUCUUUUUCUUUUUGUGAAGGAGGAAUAAAAAUGCAAUUACCCACUGCAAGAACAGAAAUACUGGGCCACCUGGCCAUUGCACCUGUACAAGAGGGAAAAUCUCCCUUCUUAGCUGAAGUAAACAAAAAAUGUACUUCUGUUUUACAUUAGAACAGUAAGUAUGAAGAACCAAGGGUUCUAAUCUGAGUCUAUAUUUUACCGAUAGUAAAAAAGGACUACUUGGUAAGAAUA